UCACGUGCCAAUACAUUCGCGCAUGCGCAGCAUCUGAAAAUUCAAACUGGACGGCGGUUAUCGUUGAGAGUGAAAAGAACGAAAACAAAGGUAAAAUAUUUGUAGUGCUGCAUCAAAAGUGCUGCGAAAAUGACGAGCACGAUGAAAACCAUCACCCUGAAAGGCAGCGCCGAGCUGGUUGCUGAGUUUUUCUCGUUCGGCAUCAACAGCAUCCUGUUCCAGCGUGGCAUCUACCCUCCAGAGACCUUCAGCAUAAUCUCCCACUAUGACAUGAGCCUUCAGUUCACCACUGACCCCAAACUGAAGAACUACCUGACCAACGUGGUGUCUCAACUCAAAGAGUGGCUGUUUGAGUGCACAGUGCAAAAGCUGGUUCUGGUCAUUACAGGCUUGGAAACCAAUGAGGUGCUGGAGAGAUGGCAGUUUGACAUCGAGUGCGACAAGUCGGCAAAGGAGAGCAGUACUCCCAGAGAGAAAUCCAUCAAGACCAUACAAGACGAGAUACGCUCAGUACUCAGGCAGGUAACAGCCACGGUCACGUUCCUGCCCCUACUGGACACUCCAUGUGCAUUUGACCUCCUGGUAUACACCGACAAAGACCAGAUUGUUCCAGAAAAGUGGGAGGAGUCAGGCCCUCAGAUGAUUGACCAAUCGGAGGAAGUUCGUCUGCGAUCCUUCACCACCACCAUCCACAAGGUGAACAGCAGUGUGGCGUAUAAGAGAAACAACUCUGCUUAAACAUUCUCCCUGGUUGUGACCCCCACAUCCAACCACUGUCCUCUGUGGACAUUAGUACAUUUUACUGUGUCCUGUCCUACUUCACUGUCCGUGUAUGUGACCUCUCCUCUUCUGCCUUCCUCCCAUUUGUGUGUUUGUGCACACAUGGACACAAGUCUGGGUCCAUGCCGUUGUAAAUAUUUAUCCGAAGCAAUGAAUUUUCUGUUUUCUUUAACUAUGUCAUCUUUGUUCUUGUUUGUGAAGCUCUUUUUAGAAGCUCGUAGUGUGUAUGUUUGUCUUUUAGAAGAUGGUAAAAUAAAUAAAUAUAAUUUUUCUCAAUAAAAA